AUGUUGUGUAUUUUAUAUGCGAGUCAAACAUUCACUGUGAUCACCUUACAGGACAUCAUUUGUGCUGUCAAUAUUCAACAUAAUUGCCUUGAUUCACAGUGCACGGACAUCCAACAACAACCUGUACAUCAAGAACGGAUAGAGACCUCUCGAACGAAGGCCACAGUCAAACACAAGUCCACGCCAAACUUUUUUCUCAAUGUCUAUUCCGUGCAUAACUAUGCUCACAUCCAACAUGUUGUUCCCGAUACGCUUCAAGAGACACCACUUCGGGUUACCAAUGCAGCUGAAGUC